GUAGCAUAGAGAGCGGAGGACUGGGGACGCCUCUUCCUCCCGGGCCUGGCUCCGCCCACUGCUUCCGGUUCCGGAGAGGGGGCCGUGUUUCUGUCAGGGCGAUGGGGCGGAGGUGUCCGGCGGGGAUCGCGGUGGGGCCGCUGCUGCUGUUUGGGGGGUUGCUCGGCCUGGCUGGGGCUUCCGAUCUGCCUCUCGUCACUUGCGGCUCUGUCGUGAAGCUCCUCAACACGCGCCACAACGUCCGGUUGCACUCACAUGACGUACACUACGGGUCCGGCAGUGGGCAGCAGUCAGUGACAGGGGUAUCAGAUGUGGAUGACAGCAACAGUUACUGGCGGAUCCGAGGAAAGACCUCUACAGUGUGUGAGAGAGGAACCCCGGUGAGAUGUGGCCAGGCCAUCAGGCUGACUCAUGUCAACACUGGGCGCAAUCUUCACAGUCACCACUUCUCUUCACCCUUGUCUGGCAACCAGGAAGUGAGUGCAUUUGGGGAAGAAGGUGAAGGGGACCAUCUGGAUGACUGGACAGUCCUCUGCAGUGGCUCACACUGGGUGAGGGACGAUGAGGUUCGGUUCAAACAUGCUUCUACUGAUGUGCUGCUGUCUGUCACGGGAGAGCAGUAUGGACGGCCCAUCAGUGGCCAAAGAGAGGUGCAUGGCAUGGCCCAGCAGAGCCAGAACAACUAUUGGAGAGCCAUGGAAGGCAUCUUUAUGAAGCCCAGUGAGCUGCUUCGGACUGAAGCCCAUCAUGCUGAACUGUGAGGGCCCAUCAGCUCUCCUCUCCGCCUUGCCUCACCACACAGUGUUGAGUUAUACCCACUGUUUUCCCCAUUGGAACAGCAUAGGCUUCAUCAUCCUUGGGGUGAGGAUCCAACGUGGGAAAUUUCCAAGGUUCCUUAAGAGCAGCAACUCCCUCCCUGCCAAUAUGCAUCUCUCCUUAUCCUGGAUUUGGCUUCACCUCCUAAAUGUGGGAGUUAUUGCCAGUGGUGGGACUGAUCUUUUCAUCCAUUUAGAAGAAAUGGAGGUGGAAGAAACAAUAAACAUCUCUUGGAGACGGGAGAUUCCCCUCAUUCGAGUGCUUUGUCAUGAUAAUCCGUUAAUAAGUGGAGGAGUACAGUCUCCAAUACAUACAUUUUCUCAGGAGUAAUAAAAAGAAUUUGACUCUCA